AUGGCCAACUACCUCGCCUCCAUCUUCGGUACCGAGCAGGACAAGGUCAAUUGCUCCUUCUACUACAAGAUCGGCGCAUGCCGUCACGGCGACCGCUGCUCUCGCAAACACGUCAAGCCCUCCUACUCGCAGACCGUCCUCAUGCCAAACAUGUACCAGAACCCGGCGUAUGACCCCAAGAACAAAAUGAACCCGAGCCAGUUGCAGAACCACUUCGACGCUUUCUACGAGGACGUAUGGUGCGAGAUGUGCAAGUACGGCGAACUCGAGGAGCUGGUUGUCUGCGAUAACAACAAUGAUCAUCUGAUCGGUAACGUCUACGCCCGAUUCAAGUACGAGGAAGACGCACAGGCGGCAUGCGAUGCAUUGAACUCUCGGUGGUACGCUGCGCGACCCAUAUAUUGCGAACUAUCACCGGUCACGGAUUUCCGAGAAGCGUGCUGUCGAUUGAACAGUGGAGAGGGCUGUGUACGUGGGGGAUUCUGCAACUUUAUUCAUCGCAAAGACCCUGGCCCCGAGUUGGACCGUGAGUUGCGGUUGAGCACAAAGAAGUGGCUCAAGGAACGGGGUCGUGAUGCCCGCAGUGCCACUCGCAGCCCCAGCCCUGAGCCGACUCGGCGGAGAUUUUAA